CUGUAAGUCUAUCGACAUAUAUCGUAUGGAAUUAAAAUUUGUAACAUGGUUAGGUAUAUCUCUAUAUUUCGCGUGGAAUUGGAGGCGCGUAAACCAGCAAAACGAAAGUGGGGAGAAUAAAUUGGUCAGUUCGGUAACAACACACUUUAGAGUUCGAUGAUAUUUAUACUCAUCUUAAGCCGGUCAGACAUUGGAGCUUUUAAGUGAUCGUGUUGCUCACCUGUUUUGUUGUUGUUGUUGUUGUGGUAACCUUUAGUGUAAUCGUAAUUGGGUCUUUGAAAGUUGAAGAAUGACACUCGAUUGGGGAUACGGACCAAAAAAUGGACCACAAACAUGGGUGUCCCACUUUCCAGAUGCCGCUGGCCAACGUCAAAGUCCAAUCGACAUCAAACCGGUAGAUGUCAAAGUGUUAAAUUCUAACGCAAAAUUACACUGGAAAUAUGAACCUGAAACUUUGACUGAAAUAUCGAAUACUGGUGCAGCUUGGAGAGUUGAUGUUAAAGGGAAAGGAUCAGAAUUACGUGGUGGCCCACUUCUGGAUGAAUAUGUACUUAACCAGUUUCACUGUCAUUGGGGAGAAUCUAAUGAUAGAGGCUCUGAACAUACAAUAAAUGGUCAAUAUUUUGCAGGUGAGUUACACCUUGUACAUUGGAAUUCUGCCAAAUAUUCCUCAAUUCAAGAGGCUGCAAAUAAUCCAGAUGGGCUAUGCGUUUUAGGAGUGUUUUUAAAACCUGGAAAAAAACAUGAAGAGCUAGACAAGGUGGUCAAGCAACUUAACAAAGUUCAAUAUAAAAACCAGUGUUGCAGAAUUCUUGAAUCAAUCGAUCCUACAAAUUUUUUACCGUUAAAUUCUGGAUAUUACACGUAUCACGGUUCCUUGACAACCCCGCCUUGUUCGGAAUGUGUAGUAUGGAUUGUUUUUAAAGAACCCGUUGAAGUUUCAAUCGAACAGCUAGAAGCUUUCAGAAACUUGAAAUCCCUUUGCAAAGAAGAAAAAUGUUACGAUGAAUACGAUGGCUUUGUUAAAAGAAACUUCAGACCCACUUUACCUGUUGGCCAACGAGAAGUAAAAGAAUGUCGACAAUAAAAAGUUCACAUCAUGACGAUAUUUACACAAAAUGGUGUAUUUGAACGCAGCAUUUUGUAGUGUACCUAUUCUGAAUUAGGCAUGUAGAUCUGUCACAGAAACGGGAAUACGAAAUAAGGAUAAUCAAAGACAAUGUUAUCCAAAAAUUUUUCGAGAAAAAUUAUACUUCUGCUAUAUAAAUACAUUGCUUAUUAAUCAAAAUUGAUUUUACAGGAGUGUAAAUUAAAUAUUCACAUCUUUUAAUAUGCGGAAUAUGCUUAAUCAGCUGUGCUAUGAAUCCAAUGAAACAGGCAGGGUCUUCGAGACCCAGGUUGUACUUCAGGACAAUUCUCCAGAUCGGGACCCACGACAAUUUUAUAAAAAAUUAAAAAAAAGGUCUCCAAGCAGAAAUUUCUCCUUCUCUUUUAAAUUUCUCUAAAAAAAAAGUCUUCAACCAAGAAUUUCCCCCUCUUGUGUCGAACUUCUGAAAGUAAUUAGUCCCGGCUGCCCCCUUUCUGGUCGGUCCUGGAUACAGGGUUUAUCAUUAUCAAUUACCCACUUUUUAUCAUCGUUAUUGCAUAAACAAAAAAAUAUUUUUGAUAAAAAUUGUUUGGUUAUGACUGAAUAUAAUGAAGUUGGUACAAGCUCUUCUUUUUUAUCAAAACGAUGGCAAUUUGGAAUUAAAAAAAAAAUGUAAAAAUACCUUCAAUCAGAAAAGUAUUCAAAGCAGCAAGGCCUUGCUUAAACAACGGGGUUGGGAGGGUGUCAAAAUACACAGGUCGAGGUGGGAAAGACACAGUCUUAAUUAAAUCUAAUCUAAUCUACACAAAAAUAAAUAGUUUCAAUUUUUGAAGUUAUAUAAAGAAAAUUUUAAAAUUCUGCGAAAUCUGUCCCCCACUCACACCUACUAUAAAUCUAUUUUUGUAUGAGUCGUCAAAGAUUAAAAAUUAAUUAAAAAUCUGUUGUACCCAAAGAAUUUUGUACUUUUUAUAUUGAUUUUGGGUGUUGGCAGAAUUUGUUUUUGAAGACAACUUUCUUAUAGACCUUAAGUUUGCAGCUCUACAGGGUGAGCGGUUAGAAGGAGUCAAAGGUAAGGAGUGCAGAAUAUUUUCAUAUAUUUUCACCACUUUUAAGUAAUUUAUGUUUUUUUUUAUGAAACUUAUAAAAAUUAUUUAGUAUGAAAUGAAAAAUAGUCAGUAGUCAUAUUCCAACUAUGGUAAUGCAUGAAAAAUUCAUCAUAUUUCAGUAACUGAUGUUCCAAAUUUUUUGAAUACGUUGUAUGAUUUAUUUUACAAUGCGUACGAGGGUGGAUCAAAAAAUACUCGUGUUAGAAAGGAAGAGGCAAGUUUUUCAAAAAAAAAUAUUUCUAUUUUUCAACGUAAUCACCUUUUAGUUUCUGCCAUUUAUUUAACCCCUUAAAAAAAUAUGAUUUCUCGAAGUCCGCAAAAUACGCUUCAGUCUCAACGAUAACCUCCUCGUUAGAUCUAAAGUUUUUCUCUCGAGCCACGUUUUUAUGUUGGGGAAUAGGAAAAAGUCGCAUGGAGCCAAGUCGGGCGAGUACGGUGGAUGCGGCAGCAAUUCGUACUGCAUUUCUUGCAAUUCUCGAUGAAUGUGCUGGUGCGUUAUCGUGGUGAAACAUGACUUUUUUCUUAGUUAAAUGAAGCCGUGUCUCCUUCAAUUUUGCAUCGAAUCCGUCCAGUAAUUCACUAUGUGAUCGUAUUUGCUUUCUGCAAAAAGUCGAUGAGGAUUAUUCCCUUGGAAUCCCAAAAAAUCGUGGCCAUGAUCUUUCCGGCCGAUGGGACCGUCUCAUAGUGGGCCAGAUUCACCUUAAAAUGUUGAAAAACUAUUAUAGGCAAUUUUAAGUUUAUUUAUUCUCGCUAAUAUUUCCAUUUAAGCCUAAGCAAUCUAUUUUGAUAGAUAUUUUUCGUGCGAACCUUCGAACUUGACAGUUUGUGUGAGGAAGGAAACAUUUUUAUUAAGUAUUUUAGGUAAACAGAAGAUCACAAAAAUCGUAACUUACAGAACUGAAGUAAAAAGGGCCUGAUGAGACUUAAAAAACUCGGACUAGUGUCAUCGAUUACCAUUUGCGUUUAAAGGGUUGUUUUCAGUAGUUCGUGAACAAAUACUCACUUUUAAUCCCUUUCCACAGGUACUAAAUAAUGAACAUUUUGUCAAAUGAACAAUAUAAUGAAUUUUAAUACAUUCAUGAAAAUUACAAAACUUUAUUUAACUUUAUGACACUUUGAGAAAAAAAACUAAUCUGAAUCACUCUCAGAUGAAGAAUCUAAAAGCGCAUUUGGCGCUUGCAAUCACCUGAAGGGUCACGUAAAAUCUAUAUAUUAAGUUUUCAUCCAAUCCAGUAAUUUUUCAGGAUAACACAUAGUUUCGGAAAAAAGUCCUGGCACAAUUACCAUCAUUCGAACUACCAGCUCCUUGCUUUGGUUGGUCCACUAUAAUCCCCAGUUGCUUUCUAUAUUCAGAUUGAACAUGUUGUUUUUGAUUUUUUAGAACAGAUUUUUCGUCAUCACCACGAGCCUGCCAUUUUUUUAUUGGUAGUCGGUAGCAAACUUUUAGAAGGAAUUCAAAUGAUCUAAAAAUAAGAAAAUAAUAUGAUCAUUAAAAAAAAAACAGGAAACUAUUUUUUUUAAAAAACAGUUUGUGUUGAUACCUUUUUUUACUAUAAGAGGUUUAAUCAAAAAACAACUUUAUUACAAUAAAAAUCAGGACAAAUAAUUAGUGGCUCAAAGCCUCUAAAACUAACAUUUUUGUUAGCAAUACAUAAAAUUAAAACAUCCACAAGUUUCAUAAAAUUGAUAUCCAGAUAAGAUAGGUAAAUUAACAAACCUGAUCCAAGCGUGCAGUGAUGUUAUGCCAUAUUGUAAGUAGUCUUCUAUUAUAGGUUUUUGUAGAAGUUUUUUCAAGUUAUUCAUCUCUACAGGGGAGGCUCCACGCAAGUAACAUUUUUGUGAGGAUUGUAGAGA